UAAGCUGGGGAUGUGCCGUGCAAUUUUCCAUUGUGACUAUUACUAUUUAUCAGCCAAAUUCCCAAACCCUCCUCUCCCACAUGUCACCUGUAUCUUCUCACUCACAUUUCCGUCUGCGACGACAGACUCAGAGAACGGACGCAGCUGACAGCCCUCCUCAAGAUUAAAAUUGCGAAAGAAAAACACUCAUAGGCCUCAAAUCAGCAACAGAAGUUCGAGCUGAAGGCAAUCGCUGAAAUGAAGAAAGAAGGAACCGAGGAAACGAGUAUGGAGAUGGUGAAGUUGUUUUUGGAGAAAAAAGGUGAAAUGGCAGUCGCCAUGGAUACUCUGCCGGACAAGUUCUUCGAGCCCUUCAUCAUGAAAGGCGUCAAAGUCGACCUCCUUGAACCCGGACGCAUUGUUUGCUCCUUCAAGGUACCCCCGCGUCUGCUGAACGGGGGCAAUUUCAUGCACGGUGGAGCCACAGCAACCCUUGUGGAUUUGGUGGGAUCAGCUGCACUCCUCUCCUCUGGGGCUCUCAACUUUGGAGUUUCGGUGGAGAUCAAUGUAUCCUACUUGGAUUCGGCUUAUCCUGGCGAGGAAGUUGAGAUCGAGUCCAGGACGUUACGUGUUGGAAAAAGUGUUGGUGUUGUGAGUGUUGAGCUCAGGAAGAAGAAGACUGGGAAGAUUAUUGCGCAGGGCCGUCAUACCAAGUACCUUGCUGUUCCUAGCAAACUGUGAACAGCUUGGAAUUUGAACGAGACAUUAUUCAGUCAGAAUUAUGUAAAAGAUUUCUCGACGUCGAAUAAUUUUUUCUGUAGUGAAUUGUAAUGCAAGCAAUGAUCAAUUGAAUCUCUCUCAGAUUGAUACAAA